AUGGGUCGGUUGGAGCAGCGACGACUUCCGAAGGAGCCACGGAGGCCACGGCGCGCCAACAACAGGGGGAAACAGGCGAAUACCCCGCAAAAACUGCGUAAGAAGUUAAAAAGGCAAGAAGAUAUAAGGCGUGUGCGUGAGCUCUCGAAGAGGCUGCGCGAUGACCUCAAAAAAGAGGAGGAGCGGGUCCGGGAGUCGCGCAGGGCAAACAUGGAGCGAAAAAAGGAGAAUGAGAAGAAAAACAUGGUGGUUCAGAAGAUUAAAAACGACAAAGCCAUUCGAAAAUUGAGCCCGAAGCAUCGCAAGAAGGCCAGAAUAUUUAUGUUGCAUGAACUUUGA